GGGAACGAGAAGGGAUCAGGAGCGGGAGCUAAGGGGAGGGAGAGGCCGGUCCGGGUCUGGCCGCUGCCUCUGCUCGCCCGAGGUCUCCAGGCCGGGCUAAGGCUCAGUCCUCCGUUCGUGGGCACCGUCUGCGAGGCUCCGCCGGGCCAGCGUGAGAGAGCCGCGGGCGGCGGCCGCCGCAACAUGUCAGCCAAGGACGAGCGGGCCAGGGAGAUCCUGAGGGGCUUCAAACUAAAUUGGAUGAACCUCCGGGAUGCUGAGACAGGGAAGAUACUGUGGCAAGGAACAGAAGACCUGUCAGUCCCUGGAGUGGAGCAUGAAGCCCGUGUUCCCAAGAAAAUCCUCAAGUGCAAGGCAGUGUCUCGAGAGUUGAACUUCUCUUCAGCAGAGCAAAUGGAAAAAUUCCGCCUGGAACAAAAAGUUUACUUCAAAGGGCAAUGCCUAGAAGAAUGGUUCUUCGAGUUUGGCUUUGUGAUCCCAAACUCCACAAACACCUGGCAGUCCCUGAUAGAGGCCGCGCCCGAAUCCCAGAUGAUGCCCGCCAGCGUGCUAACUGGGAAUGUUAUCAUAGAGACAAAGUUUUUUGACGACGAUCUUCUUGUAAGCACAUCCAGAGUGAGACUUUUCUACGUUUGAGAGAAGAAUGUGUGUGCAUUUCAAGAAAUUUGGGUUUUGGGGGGGGAAAGGAGGAAACUGUUGACUUUUUUCCUCCACGCAUUUGAUUUUUGACAUUUCCACCCCUAAUUCCCUGUACGGCAACCCACCUGCGGCCACCAGGGGACCAGUUCUGUGUAGGUAACCAGACGGCUCUUUCCUCCCAAGCCGCCAUCUUCCACUGACCAGACUCAACUCCCAACCCCAGACCAGGGCAGAGGGUGAGCCUUGACUCCUUCCCAGGGUGACACAGGGACAGAUGCUUACCACAAGAGCCAAUGCUGUUCCCACCCCCUCUGCUUCCUCCUUGGGCCCUACAGGCAAUGCAUCUUCCUUUGGCCCCUGGUUUUGGAAAAAUUCAUAUUCCUGACCUAUGUUUAGUUUUUUUCCUACCAUUUCUAUUUCAUACAUUCUCAUACAUUUAACUUGUAAAAUAGACUGUGAUAUUAUUAUUACAUAAUGAAUUAAAACAUAUGAAUUAAAAUAUUCCUACAGUCUUUA